ACCGCCGCCAGUCCGGAUAGUAACGAGUGCGAGUGAGGGUGUGUGUUAUGUAGUGCGUAUUGAUAUGUGAACUCUAAGUGAAAAAAUAUAGUUAUGGAGAACAAUUCACUCUGUGAUAGCCUGUUAAAAUGGCUGGAGACGUUCCCCGGGCGCGAGGGGAUCGCCAUCCACCACCUCACCGAUGGCGUCGCCAUGGCCAACGUCCUCCAUCAGAUAGCGCCCGAGUACUUCACACAGUUCUGGCUGACCAAGAUCAAACCAGACGUGGGCGACAACUGGCGGCUUAAGGUGUCCAACUUGAGGAAGGUGCAGCAGGGGAUCGUGGACUACUACCAGGAGCAGCUCAACCAGAACAUCAAGCACUUCCCUCUGCCGGACCUCAGCAAGAUAGGUGAACAUGGGGACAAGAUGGAGAUGGGUCAGAUGCUGCAGCUCCUCCUCGGCUGUGCUGUUAACUGCGAGAACAAACAGCAGUACAUUGAAGCCAUCAUGAACAUGGAAGAGAGGGUGCAGAAGGUGAUAAUGGAGGCCAUCCAGGAGCUAAUGCUACGAGAAAGUUCACCGGGGAUCUUGUUAAUGGAUGGGGAGGGUAGACCAGACCUGGGACCUGCCUCCUUCCAUCCACACAUCAAGACCAUACUGGAGCAGCUGGAGACGGCCACCCAGAGCAGAGACGAGACCAUACAACGAUGCCAUGAACUGGAGCAGCAGAUAUCAGUAAUAAACGAGGAGAAGACGGCACUGUCGUCGGAGAAUGAAAAACUCUUGAACCGUCUAGAUGCUUGGGAGACGGGAGGAGAACUGGGUACUUCAACUUUACGCUAUAAGGAUCUCAAAAAACAGAUAGACGGCCUUCAGGAUGAACUGUAUAAACUAGAGACAUCUCGUGAUGAAUACCGCACAAAGGCCGACUUACUGGAACGGGAGAACCAGGAAAUUCAGACACGUAACGAGGAACUGCAGCGACUGGCAGAUGAGGCUCGCUCCCUCAAGGACGAGGUCGAUGCACUGCGGGAGAUGAGUGAACGUGCUGUAGUGUACGAGGGAACGAUGGAAACAUACAAGAAGAAGUUGGAGGAGCUAAGUGACCUUAAACGCCAAGUCAGGAUUCUUGAGGAGAAAAAUUCAGAUUAUGUCCAGCACAACAUGGAAUUAGAGGAGGAGGUGAAAAAGAGUGGUACUUGGCGUCCUCAGCUGGACUUGUACAAGAAACAAGUUGGUGAGUUGCAUCAGAAGCUGGCAGAUGAAGCCAAGAAGACUGAUCGUCAAAUCUUUGAGAAUAAGAAGUUGAUAGAGAAAAUGGAAGCCAUAAUGCAAGAGAAAGAUCGCCUCACCAAGGAGAGAGAUGCACUGAAGGAGAACAUCGAGGAGCUCAAGUGCCACGUAUCAACACUCAUCUCCCCGGACACUACUUCCCGUCCCCCCUCCGACCUCUCAGAUGUUGAAUUGUUAGAAAUUGUCCCUCAUGAAAUCAGAGAAAAACUGAUGAGACUGCAGCACGAAAACAGCUUGUUGAAACAGAGGGCAGCUGAAGGUGGCAGCACUGAACAACUACCUGUUCUUCAAACUCUGGUGUCUGACUUACAGGAACGCCAAAAUUCUUUGACUCUGGAGAACAGACAACUGAAUCACCGCAUCAUGGAGCUAGAGAGUGAGGUAGAGGAGGCCAAAGCUGCUGCAGCUGUAGCAACACCAAUGGCAAUGGCUGUAGCUUCCAGGACCUUUGAUGGCUCCUCUGUUAGGCCAACUAGUGGUGAGUCCAGGAGGAUAGCUGAGCUGGAGAGGAAGUUAGCUGAACAAACUGAAAAGGUGUGUUCGCUUGAGGAGAGUCUGUCGAAGAAGGAGAAUGAAAUGGGGGCCAUGGAGGAGCGUUACAAGAAAUACCUUGGUAAAGCGAAGUCAGUCAUCAAGACACUUGACCCAAAGCACAACCCAGCACUUGUUCCUGACGUCUCCAAUCUCAGGUCAACUAUCUAUGAGAAAGAACGAAUCAUUGAAAACUUAGAGCGUGAGUCAGAGAAAUCCAAGAUGGUCCGUGACAUGGAAGAAAAGCUAAUCACCACAGCCUUCUAUAAUUUUGGAAUGCAGAUGCACCGGCAGAUGAUCAGCCAGCGUUUGUCUACCAUGGAUCAGGGUCACUCUUUCAUGUCUCGCCAGCGACAGGCAUCCACCAGACGUGUACCAAUGAGCAACAGUGAAAUUUUUGAAUAUUAGCGGCAUCGAUUGUGUGGUUUCUGCCUCAUCCCCUGCAUGGCACACUCCGUCCAGCAGUCAGUUCGAAGAUAUGAGGAUCAGCUGACUUUCACUUGUAGAGGAUAGCCUAUACACACCAGUAAACUUAUAUCUAGUUUGAGAGUACAUGACCUAAAUCUGAACUUAAAGAUCUAAUCUAUUUUUUUUUUAUCUACGAUAUAAAUGUAUUCGUUGCAAUGUUAUUUUUUUCUACAAAUUGCAGUAACUACAACUCAAGUUCUCAGAUGUACCUGAUACAAGAACAGGCAUCAUUAAAAUUGAGAUGGAAGCAUAUACAGUACUGCUUAAAAUUUGAGAUUUAGGUCCUGAAUUCACAAUCAGCAGCACCAUAGGAAAAUAUUAUUGAGUGAAUUGUUAUUUUUAUUUCUACUCACAAUACAUAUGAAGGUUACUGAGAUUAAAGCUUUAAACUUUUAUGGAAUUUAAAAAUACAAGGUAUUAAUUUUAGUGAAAGACAAAAUCUUAAGUUGUCUUGUAUGUUUUUUUAAUUAACUGGAUUACUUCCUGUUGAAUAAAACUUAUAACUUUGUUGAAGUAACCUUCAUAGCUUCUCAGAGUAUACCACCUGUUAGGUUUGCACAGUACACUGUUGUCGUAUGUAGAACAUGGACAAUAAAGAAUUUCAGUUUAGAUAAUGAGCACAAAUUCAGUAAUGAUUCCCAACAUUUUUAAUACUAACCACUGCUAUGACUGCCAAUUAAUGUUGUCUUAUAAUACAAUACAAAUACUGUACUGUAGUCAUAAAAUGUGCACCAUGAAUUUUCACCUACAUCUUAGAAAAAAUAGUGAAGAAUGAGCUGAAAAUGCUUCCUAGAAUAGUUGGCCACUUUUUCAAAUGAGAUCUGUAGAUGACUGAAUCACUGAAAAGCAGAUUUUGUUGUUCAGUAAACCAAGUUCUACUUUUUUGUUAGUCUAUGCAAACUUUAGCCCUUGCACUCCUUAGCACAAAAUAAUUAAACCUUCAUCUUUAGAUGGCCUGCACUUCAGUUAUUCUAAUAACUGUCAGACCUUAAGGUUUGCCCCAUGUGUACUCAUAUCUUCCUUGACACACUCCUAUUUUUAAUUUUUGGUCUAACCAGAGGUCUGCAUCCUUACACUUCACUUGGCAAAACUCUUCGUAGUCCAUUCUUGAACAUGGUCUGUUCACCUUGUGUUUGAUUUGAUGACAUCAGUAAAUCGUGGUUGACCUGUGACUGGUGUCAGAUUUUGAUUCUCUUCAUACAGAUAUUCUUCUCAAAAUAAAGUUUGGGUACAUUAAUCUUUGCUCAACUACCAGUAGGUUUCAGUCCAUCUAAAGUUGAUAACCAUGUUUCACAGCUGUAUGUAACUACAGUACUGGUCUUAUACUGUUAUACACUCAUAGCUUUUGACAUUUGAUAUAUCUUCCUAUUUGGCAACACUACCAGAAGAUGAUGUUUGUUGCCAGCAGGGAUUCAUGCCAGCAUUCCCCUUUGUAUCUUAUUCUUUGGUGUUAACAGAGAGAAACAAGUACUUGAAGAUUGUGUCCUGCUCAGUAUUAAAGUAAUUUAUUUACAGGUGUCAGUAAGCUUCUCCCCCCUCAAAUCACUUUGCAAUAUUUUGCUUGUUGUUUGUGUUUACUUCCACUCCAGGUUUUCAAGGCCAUUUGUUGAAAUGGUUGGAAGUGGUGUGUUAUUCCAGAGACAUCUCUGUUUAUUGUAUCUAUAUUGUUUGUAAUUAGCUAAGUUCUUAAUAUUGGUGUCUGUGAGCCACAACUCAUUUUAAUAUUAAACAACACAAAUGACAGCUGCCAUAUUCUACUCAUUGGAAGUACAGUGAAACUUUAUGCAUUCAGACUACUUGGUUGAGUAAGCAGAUACAUUCAUUUGAAUUAAGGAGUAAAAUUUGUUGUGCAGGACAGGAUAAGAUGAGAGGUUGGCAGUGACGAAUGGUAGGCAGGGCCUAUUGGAGCACAACUUCCCCCUGGAUUUGCCUAUGCAACAUCCAGUAUUACACAUUUAACACAAUUAAAAUAUUUAAAGUGAGCCCAAGAUUUUGUGCUCAUCAUUGCUCCAAGUAGAGAUUAGGCUCAAACUGCAUCCUCUAACUACUAGACUACACUUGCAUGAGUGGAAGAGGCUUGUGUGGUUACCAUGCGAGAGAUUUUACUGUUCAUGCUAAUCUAACAAAGGUUUAAUUAUCAGGAGGGGUUGCUCAGAAUUUUUAAAAUUUUAUAAAUUUGUAUUACUGGGUAAGGUUUCUCAGUAUUUCCUAGCUGUACAACACAGAAUUCACUGGUCUCAUAAUAUACUUUUCCUAUAUACUGUACUGUAUUCAUGAAUUUCCUCAGCAUAGUAAAUGGCACUCUCCAAAUAAGUUUUUAUUAAUGAUGUGUGUACUGUAUACUGUAUUAUCAAUAGCCUCUUGAAGUCACUGAACAGGCACUAUGAUGUUUGAUCAUAAUUCCAGUACCUAUACUUGGAGAUUUCCAACUGCUGUCAUUUGGUGAAAACUUUAGCACUGAUGAAUCUGUUCUCUCAGAAGCCACAGUGGUGCUUGCCUAUUACCUCAUCAGUGAAAGGUUCCAGUCUUUAUGGUAGAAUUUUUGCAAGUACUGUACCUUACAGUACUUUAGAGAUGCAAACAGAGAAAAUUCUGUUGUAGCUGUUGAAAUUUGUUUUAUCUUCUGCCCCAGGCUUCAGGUGUUUUAUUUUCUUUACUUGUUUUAUCUCAUAGAUUUUCUACUCUAACUGUUCUUCCCUGCUUGAUUAGCUCUGUGGGGGAAGUUAUCAGGGUUCAAUGUGAUAUUUGUUUAGGCUUUUAUUGGUGUCUCCUGCACAGUUGGUUCUGCAGUCAGCCUUAUAGUCCUGUCAGCUGAAUUUAUGGGUCAGAUGUAUUCAAGAAGCUUACAGAAAUAGUCUUCCCAGCAGUGUGUUUUUAAAAGACAUACAUAUUAAAAUUGUGAUAUAAAAAGUAAUAAGAAUGAUAGAAACAACUUGGGAAUCAUAUGAUCUUCUGUUGAUGAAGGAAAGAAAUAUAAUAUUGGUGAUAGAAAGAUAACCCUUACUCAUAAUAGAUGCCUGUGUAAAUUUGGGAUUGUAAUGUUACUUCAGAAAUAUAUUAACAUAGUAUAUUAUAAAUAAGGUUAUGAGCAGUGUGAGCUGCUUCAUAGUUAGUGCCUACCUUCAAACUUUGUUUUAAUAACUGACAACAAUAUGUAUAUUGUAAUAAGGAAUAUAGGCUAUUAAUCACUUUACUCCUAUAUUAGGUUUUCUAGGUUCCUCAUGUGUUUUAGAGCUUUAAGUGCUGUACAAGGUAUACUUCACAAGUUUUAAAGAUUUUCUUGAACUUAUGACAAAUUUUGUUGGGGAAAUAAAGUGACUGUUUUCAA